AUGCGGCUAUGCAGCGUAUCUCUUAUUUUGAACUUUGUUGUCCACGGAAGCUGGGCUAGCUUACCACAUCAAACCCCUGACGACAGAAGAACUGUUCCCGCACCGCUGAUUUGUGAGAACUUUACGGACACUGCAUCGGACAUCUACAAAGUGAAGUUUCAUGCCAAUCACACCCUGGAAGGCCAUGUAAGACAUACCGGCAUCAACGUCACCACGUUCGAGAGGUUCCUAGAGACGACUGUUCCGCUCGGAUACAUUGCCAAAAUCGACCGAGACACCCUCGACAACUUCAUUCGACUCGACCCAGGGGUAAUUGAAGUCAUAUGCGAUCGAUACGUGAGCAUCACUUUCAGUCCGCUCCUUGGCGAUUCCAACUUUGAAAGCAACGCAACCCAGCAUCUGGACAAGCGUUGGUCGAUUACGACAAAGCGCGGCUCCGCCUCGUACGCUCUACAAAUGAUGGCUUCUGGCCACAAGAUAUCUACACCAGUAAAUGAUAUGGGUGACUACGACUUUUUAGACACGGCUGUACAGGGUGUUGACAUAUAUGUGCUGGACGGAGGGGUGUGCCUUGCUCACAGCACGUUCGGUGGCCGCGCUUCCAAAAUCAGAGGCUUGGCUCCAACUGAUCCAAAUCCAUACGGUCCGGGCGAUAUGCAGGAUACCGUGGGUCACGGCACUGCAGUUGCCAGUUUUGCCGCAGGCGACACAACUGGAAUUGCACCUUUUGCGAGAAUCAUCAGCAUCAAGAUUGACCCAAGUAAUUUUACAGAAGGCAGCGUUGUCCAAGCGAUCCAGGACAUGAUCAGCAACCACAGAUCCAAAUUCACCACGGCCGGGUUCCGAGGAUCUGUCCUUAACAUGUCCUUCAUCCUCUUCUACAGCUUCCAGGACAUUAACGACGCCUUGAAUGACGCCGCCGCUGCAGGUAUUAGCAUGUUUUCGGCUUCUGGUAACCAAGGUGCGGAUCUAGAUCAACAUCCGGUCUGGCCAUGCACAUUAGCCAAUGUGAACUGCAUCGGCGGCACCGACAACAAUUACACAUUUUGGCCUUCCACGAACCGCGGAAGGGACGUUGCUUUUCUGGCUCCGGCGAAAGAUGUCUAUGUUGCUUUGCCAGGGAGCCCGAACAAUUUCGGGUUUCGCAGUGGCACCUCCCUUGCGACUCCACUGACUAGCGGUACGGCAGCAAUAUUCACAUCUUGGCUAGGUCUGGCAAAUAACCAGGCCCAGGCUUAUGUGCGAUCCAAUGUGCAAGUCAAUUUCAUAUCUGGGGUGCCGGUGGGCGGAGCAGGUUACUUCGUCAACACCGCAAUUAACGAUGUCUGGAAGAACGCGGACGAGCCGUUCAGGCGUGCUGGAAACAUGCCACACCAGGGAUUACCAACAGCCAACGUGUUCAACGCCGAAUCAAACGGGUUCUGUUGUGAUCAGCCUCCAGUAGUACCACCUGAAGGCCCAUCUGACCGUCCAGUCACAUUGACUCCGAUCCCAGACAGCACAACAAUCGAAACAGUCGCUACGCCGACUAAUACCAAAGACUCUACCCUGAACGAUAACUGGACAAUCGCUACGGCAACCACAACGGCAUCGUCCUAG